AUGCAGGAGCCCGGCUUCAAUCCGACGGACCUUGCAAACUUCGACGCUGCGCGUGAGUCUAAACGCCUGGACACGUAUGUCGAGACGACCAAGGGCUCCGCUCUGUCCGCACUCGACGGCUGGAUCAAAGGUGCGGUUAGCGUCCAACUCCCAAAGGAAGGCAAGAAGUACGCGUCGGAAUCGGCCGCGCCGAGCUUCAAGGUCGAAGGCGUGUACUACCGCUCGCUCACCGCGGUCCUGCAGAGCGCGUAUCAACAGCCGUGUGUGCGCGACUGGGACUUCGUCCCCUUCAAGCUCUAUUGGAUCCCACCUGGCAACACUUCCGGCUCUGACUCUGACACUGCUAGUGUGCGCGUACGCAGAGAAACCUUCGACUCCGACGCUAUGCUUGAGGAUGACGCAGCAAUGCGUGCGCGACCACGCGAAGCGGGAGACCCGGCUGACCUCGAGUACGUCAUCGCCGCCAUCUCCUUCUGGUCCGACGAAACACAUCUCGCAAACUUCGGAACCGCAUCGCUCUGGCCGCUCUACGAGUACUUCUGCUCGCAGAGCAAGUACACCCGAGGGAAGCCAACCGCCUUUGCUGCGCACCACAUCGCAUACAUACCGUCGCUCCCGAAAAUUAUUCAAGACAUAUAUAUAGAAAUUUACGGUGUUCCAGCGACGGGGGAGAUACUCACCUUUCUCAAGCGCGAGCUCAUGCAAGAGGUCUGGCUCCUGCUACUCGACGAUGCGUUCAUGUACUGCUAUGUGCAUGGACUGCUCGUUCUUUGUGGCGACGCGAUUCUACGCCGCUUGUUCCCUUGUUUCAAUAUCCACUCGGCUGACUACCCGGAGAAGAUACUUCAGGCAUGCUUGAAGUACUUCGCAAAGUGUCCGUGUCCACAGUGCAAGAUCAACAAGGACAAGAUUCUCGAGAUGGGCACCCGGAACGACCUGUACCGGCGUAACCACCUCCGCGUCGACAACGAUGACCUACAGUACCGCAUCACACUGACACGGCGAUGGAUGUUCGAGGAGGGUGUCUCUCUCAAGAGCGUGUAUAUGAAGCGCGUCCUGGACCCGCUCUCACUGACUCCCACUCGUAAUGCCUUCUCGGUCCGCUUCCGCCAAUACGGCUUCAACUUCUGCUCGCUUUACGUGCCCGAUCUCCUGCAUGAAAUCGAGCUCGGUGUUUGGAAAUCAAUAUUCACGCAUAUCCUUCGGAUUUUGUACGCCGCCGGAGGCGACGCAAUCCAGGAACUCAACCGGCGGCGAGUUCUAGUACCGUGA